AUGGCCACCCAAUCUGGUGAGGCGCUGCCCAGUGUCGGAGCUGUUGCCCUCAAGCUUCCCCCUUUUUGGCCUGAAUCUGCGGAAGUUUGGUUCGCCCAGGCCGAGGCCCAGUUCAAUAUCAAAGGGAUCAGCAGCAGCACCACCAAGUUCUACCACUGCGUGGCUGCAAUGUCUCAGGAAGUAGCCUCUCAGAUGUUAGAUCUCAUUCGAGUUCCUCCAGCCUCUGAACCCUACGAGGUCCUUAAAGCACGGUUAGUUAAGACCUACGGUCUCGAUGACUAUCAGAGGUUCGAGAGUUUAAUUUCUCUACCACUCUCUGGCGAUCAGAAGCCGUCUCACCUGAUGAACAGGAUGCUCGCCCUGCUCCCGGAGGAUUUCAAGCCUGGUUUCAUUUUUCGAGGUUUGUUCCUACGCCGUUUACCUGCAAAUGUACGUGCACACCUCCUACAGGAAGAUAUAUCCGACCCUCGUGCUCUUAGUUUGAAGGCAGAUGAAUUUUACCACAAUCUUGCCUCCGCUCCGGUCAACAUUCUGUCCUCUGAAGAAACCUUGAAUCCUCAGGCCGUCAACGCCAUUAGGGGGCCAAGCAGUGCAAACAGAGAUCGUCGUUCUAGUGUUUCAUCAAACUCGUCUUCAGCUACAACGAGUCGUCGUCCUGCUUCAAACCUUUGCUGGUAUCAUAGGACUCACGGUGAGAAUGCUUCAAACUGCCGUAAACCCUGCUCCUGGUCGGGAAACUAG